AGCCCAGGAUUGGUUGCGCAGGCGCAGGGAAGGAUCCGUUUUGGCGGGCGGUUGGCGUUGCGCAGAAGGCGGCGGCAGAGGUGGCUUGUGGUGCCGUCUCACCAUAGAGGAAUAGGGCAGAAGGUAGCGUGAGUGAUCAUUCUCGAUCCCGGGUACUUUGGAGCUGUGCGGCCGACGAGUGUGACUGGCGAGUGUGCAGGCCAAUUGUGUCUGCCUUGAGCUGCCGACUGAUCGGCCCUUGGGCCAUCGGAAUGUGGGAGGCGGGCUUUCCCCUCCUGAGCAGCGUCUCACUGAGCCAGUGAGCACCGAGCGCGCGGACCUGAACUGAGACUUCCUACUUUACUGUGGUGUGCAAGGAAAAAUUGCUUGUUUUACUGUGAAGUCUCUUACAAUAUGGUGCUUUCCUUGGGCCUAUGAAUGGUUCCUCUGUGUUUUGAGAAGGUUUCAUGUUGAUGCUGAGUCUGGGGCCAGACUUCUUUUUCCUCCUCCUCUUCCUUUGGCCCAGAGUCAACUUCAGUUAAGAGGAGAGGAACCCGGUGGCCUUAGUCUUCAGGUGGAACCGUGUGCGACAUGGGAAAGAAAACCAAGCGGACAGCCGACAGUUCUUCUUCAGAGGAUGAGGAGGAAUACGUUGUGGAGAAGGUGUUAGACAGGCGUGUAGUUAAGGGGCAAGUGGAAUAUCUACUGAAGUGGAAAGGCUUUUCUGAGGAGCACAAUACUUGGGAACCUGAGAAAAACUUGGAUUGCCCUGAGCUAAUUUCUGAGUUUAUGAAAAAGUAUAAGAAGAUGAAGGAGGGUGAAAAUAACAAACCAAGGGAGAAGUCAGAAAGUAACAAGAGGAAAUCCAAUUUUUCAAACAGUGCUGAUGAUAUCAAAUCCAAAAAAAAGAGAGAGCAGAGCAAUGAUAUCGCUCGAGGCUUUGAGAGAGGUCUGGAACCAGAAAAGAUCAUUGGGGCAACAGAUUCCUGUGGCGAUUUAAUGUUCCUAAUGAAAUGGAAAGACACAGAUGAAGCAGAUCUGGUUCUUGCAAAAGAAGCUAAUGUGAAAUGUCCACAAAUUGUGAUAGCAUUUUAUGAAGAGAGACUGACGUGGCAUGCAUACCCUGAGGAUGCGGAAAACAAAGAGAAAGAAACAGCAAAGAGCUAAAGGAGGGGGUGGUCUCUGUCAUUUCUCUUUGUACAUAAUACAUUCACCCACCCCUCCUCUUCCUUCUACCCACCCCCUUCUAUCCUAAACACAUCCAUAAAAAAUGUGCUUAUCACUGUGCUCCACAGGAGAAAUGUUGGUAUUGGUUCUCUUGUAACAUAACUGAUGGUCUGAUUCAUGAUAAGUGUCUCUCUGUGAAGACCAGGCAUUUACAUACUGUGUGUAAUUCCCACAAUUUUUUUCCUUUGCCCUGAUCUCUUCCUUCUGCUCCCCUGUGACCUCAAGAUGAGUUUUAACUUUUUAAUCACCUUAGAGUCUUGAUCUUUUCAGGGUUGGUCGCUUUUUAGAUUUGGGGAUUUUGUUACAAUGAUGAUGAAUUUUGGUUUCUUGCUUUGGUUCUUGGAACAUGUUGAUGACCAGCUGGCCUUUGUUUUGACAUGUUGGGAUGGAAAGGAUGUUGCCCAUAUUUUAAAAAGCCAAUAGCAAUUGCCUACCUGUUGGGGCUUUCCCAACCUCAUUCAGCUCUACCCAGAAGAAUACAGGGUUUCUGGUGUGGUCUUCUGGGCCACCCUUGUUGUUCAUCCUCACCUUCCCAGAAUAAUUCCGUCCUUUGGAGGACUUGAAAUUUUACACUGAAAUUUGUCAAGGCACUCCUUUUAGCCCCAGGACUUUUGGCCUUGUUCUUAGCAGUAUCCCUGACUCUGCUUCUGCAAGGUGGUGUCAGUUUGUCAUAAGUGACAAGAUUAUUAACUGUGGAGAUUUUUAGCUGUAGUACAUGAGGAUGAUGGGGUAGGGGUAGGAUACAAUUGUCUUUAUUAUCAUAUAUGGUAUGUAUGUAUUAUUUCCUUCCAUCCCUCAUAUUUAGAUUAUAUAUUUAUGUAGGUAUGAGUGAUUGCCUGGUGCUUGCUUGUGCCAAGGUGCUAGGCACCCUCCAACCCUGCCAACUUUUGUGGCCUCCCAAAGCAUUCCUGUUACCAAAGAGGCUUCAGACCUGACCCUCACUUCUCAGUGGACCUGACUUUCCCUUCCAUGUCAUUAUUUGCAGUGGGGAAUUUUUGGAGGGGAGCCAUUGGCCACAGUAUCAAUUUUAAAUAUUCAUAGCAGUUAUAGUCAUAAGUCUCCUGCUUUCUUGACUCCUGGAUUUACCACCAAGAGUCCCCAAAGUAUUAAUGUUCUCUCCUUUUACCACCCUCAAACUUUCAGCUGUAUCUUAUUUUUUUUUUUCUUUUAUUUUUGCUCAAAGGGCAGCAUUCUUAUGUAUCUUAUUUUUUAAAAUGCAUUUUCAUGAAAGAAUAUCACCUCAAAAAGUGACAGGCCCUGGCAUUAGCAUGUCGAUACAACCUUCUCUUCCUACUCAGCAAAAUAUUUCCCUUUUGGUUCUUCUUGCUUUCUUAUUAUAUUGAGAGAUUUUUCUGACCAUAUCCUUUUGCCUUUGUCCUUCGAGGAAUGCCCUACUUCUUUUUAUCCUUUUCUUCUUGUAGUUGAGGGGGGCUAGAGAAUCAGGACUAAAAGUAAGGAAAUUAGCAGGGUUUUGAGCAUCCUUGUCCCAGCCCCAAAGCUGAGGAAAUAAGAAUAAAUGCUUGAAACAGCCUUAAUUCUAGAGUUCACCAGCCAUUGAGGCUGCUUUUGUUGUUGCUUUUGAUUUUUAAAACAUAUAGCUGUCUGGCCAGGAGCAUUCAACCAUUUCUAGAUUAUUCAGAGUAAGGAGGGGAUGGAUUGCUCCAGUCCACAGAUGAGCCAAAUAAUAUGCAAAUCAUACAUCCAUUCAUAGCAUUUGUUAACAUUGCUUCCCUGCUCAGCUGCUGAUUGAAUUCUGUGUGCUUGUAUAAAUUAUGUCAAAAAUUAUACUGCAGUUGAGAAGACAGCUGUUGCUGCAGUGACAUGACAGACUUGAACAAUGAAGAUUUUGGUUUAAGUCAGCCAAGAAUUCUUUUGAAUGAUAAUGUGAUUGGGGGAGAGCUCAUAACCCUUACCUCAAGCAGGUAGAGUUUUAUCUCUAUAUUCCUUUGCUCUCUGAAGGAAUUAAAGGCCUAGAUCAAGUGCUAGAUAAUUGACAAUUGUUUGUACUUAAUCUGAUGGGCAUCUAAAAGAAAGAAAGGAUGGUCAAGAAAAAGGGUUGUCAUACAAGUAACCAAGGAUAUCAGGGUAGACAAGAAUAGGACAAAAAUAGGCCAGAGCUCUUGAUGAGGUGAUUUGGGUCUCUUGAUUUGCAGCUGGAGAAAAUGACAGCCUAUCUAAGUAGCCAGUGUUUGUCUCCUAGUAGCGGUGAGUAUGCUGCUGCUACUGAUCAUAUUUUUAAAACCAAACAUCUAGCAUGGGGACAAAGAACAUGACAAUAUUUGGUAUUGGGAUUGGUCCUGAGAAACCUGAGACAUGAUUGCUGUGGUUAUAGGUGAUAUUUAAGUCAUUUGUCAAAAUCUGAUUUUCUUUUACCAAAAUAGCCCUACUUAUCAAUCUACCACUUUUUACCACUUUAAUACUCCUCAUUCCAUCUUUUUCUGUCCUCAGUUUAUUGAAUCAUGGUCUUAUACUGAGUAUUGCCAAAGCAACCUUUGGUCUCUCCCUGCCUACCCAUAGCUGGUUCUGUAGGAAUUUAGGGAGCCAGAGGCCAAUACUGACUUCAGCCCUUAGCACAAAGGAAAUCAGAUACCUGCCUCCUGCAUUUUUGAGUGCUGAGUAGCUGUCCUUGCCCUUGGAGAAUUGCAACUUCCAACAAAAACCUGUUUUGUGGCACUUUUCUCCCCUCUAAAGAGUUAAUAGCCAUGGGCUAAGCACUCUUAGGGCUAGAUGUCAGGUGCCCAAAGUAUAGUUUUCCUGUGUUUACUCCUGUUUGAAAACAUAUUUCUAAUGCUGAAUUUCUUCCAGUAAUUAGCAUUGAAUGAGCUCCCUUUCUGCAGACUUUGGCAUAGCUUUGCCCAGUAGAGUCUACCAAGGACAGCUUAGCAGUUCUGAUCCCUAGGCUAGGCAGAUGGCCCUUAAGUUUAAGAUCAACUAUUGGAAAAGUCAGCCUGGAUGGAAGUGCCCAUUUUAAACCUGGAAAGAGCUAUAUUGUUUUUUCUCCUUCCAACAAUCCAGUUUUUAUCUGUUCUAGGGAACAUUUGGACCUGUGGUGCUUCUAACACUGAAAAAUCUAAAUGGUCUUUGGCUGUCCCUCAACCAUAGUGCAUACUACUUUUUGUUUUUGAGGGCUUCGUCCUGUUCCCAAGCUUGGGCAGUUAUUAUUCUUAACUCUCCAUUCCUGUUCUGUAGCUAUCCUGCAGUCCAUUUUCCUUAUAUUCAGGCCAAAUAAAUCACAGGGCAUUGGGAAGGUUAUUGGGAUUCUCAUCUUGAGAUUUUUACAGUUCUGGGGUUUAACCCAAUCCCCUAAGGUGUACAGUGAGAGAGAUCUGUGUUUGGGCUGGGGGAGCAAUUGUCUCUAUCCUUAGGGUUCAAGUUUGAGGGCCUAAAAUACUACUUUGCAAUGAUAUGAGAACCCCAUUAGAUUUGAAAUGAGGAAACUCUCUCAAAUAAGGUUAAAGGACAAGUUCAUUUUGCAUCCAUGAUCCCAUCUUUUUGACUGAGACUUUUAGAAUAAAAAUUACAGUGUUGAGGUGUAUACUUUUGUCAUUAAACCACCAGACAUGUCUGUGGCAAGCCAGAGAGAGGAAAGAUUUGGAGCAAACAUAUUGCAAUUUCAUGCUGGCUUCACCUACUAGUCAUAAAAGUUAUGUUUUCAAAAAUAGAGAUGUUGCUAGCCUUAUACCCAUAAGCAAAAGCUCUAAAUUAGGUACCUGUCCUGCUCAAUUUGCAUCAAGCUUUCCAAAUUCCAGCCAUAUCAAUGCAGGUCAACAAUGGUUUCAUUUAAUAGGUAUUUUCUGUCCUACAGAGACAAAGGUCAAAAAGAGACCAUCCCUGCCCUCAAAGAACUUUCAUGCUUGUGUAGGAUGAACUGACUGUUCAUUAAUAGUUUGGUGUAAUAAAUGCUACCCACUGGUACAAAUUUCUGGUUUGGGGGCAGAGACAACUGGCUGGUGUUGGUAUAGUUUGUGGCCCUGGAAUAGGAGGGUAACGUUAUUUUUGGUUCAUAUGUGGAAAAGACCUUGGGUGAACUGAGCUAACUGGCCAUAGAACACAUAAGGGUUUGUUUUAUUCCAGGAAAUAAAUGUAAGUGAGAGUUAGGAAUAUUAUUGAGAGAGAGAACAGGUGAAUUGGGAUUGAGAACUUCUGAUUUUGGUUCCUGGUUUAGACUCUGCCAGAGUAUUUAGUGAUAGAGUGCGUUGUUCUUUGUGGAAAGCAUUAACUGUGUUGCAGAUUCAGUUGUAUGUAACACUGCCCUUUCUGUAACAUUUAUUCAUCAUGGACAUUUUGUCAGAGUUGCUCACACCUUUUUCAAUUUCUUAUCACUCUUGGAGGAAUGAACAUGAGGCUGGCUUUAUGCCUAAAACAGGGACAUACUUUCCAAUGACAAGAGAUUUGCUAAAAAGGAGGCUUGGGACACAUCUUUUAAUAUCUGAGCAUCCGAGCAUAGUUUUAUUUAAUGUGGCAAGAGAGUGGUUUCUAAGCAAGGACUUUUGUCGAUUAUAUGGAAACCUUUCCCAGAAACACACCUACCCUGCAUAUUGAAAUCUGAGUCUCAGAUUUAAUCAGUCCAUGGAGGUCUAGAGUGAAGUUUAGCUUGGUUAAGAAACAGUCUGACCCUAAGAAAGUUCUCAAUUCUGACCCAUCUAACCAUAAGAAAAAGAUGUUUAUUUCUGUCUGGAUAAUUGAAAGUUGACUAGCUUUGGAAGUCAAAAUUCCCAGGAAUUAAAGUAACUGUUCAGGAAAGUUAAAGUGUGAAGUGUUUUUUGAUAAUUUCACAUAAACCAUUCUAGUUUCUUUUUGCUUGUGCUGAAUUUCUUGAAUUUUAAUCUACCUCACCGUGGCUUUUUAGAGUUACUUCAACUUGUUGCCACUUUAACAUCAAUGCUUGACUUUGGUUGUUUUCUAAGGUAGAAGUUUUCCUAUUCAUUGAUAGUUUGUUCUCUUGCUUUUUCAUCCUGAUUCUCAUUUCACCUAUCAUCCCAUGUUGCUUCUCUGUCAGAGAAAUGUUUUAAAAUAGUUUAAAGUCUUACUUUAUGGGAAGUAAGUGAUCCUCCAACGCUGUUUGUCUCUGAGACCAGUAAGAGAAGGAGUUAAAACAAGGUAGUGGGGGAGGGGAUGAAUCCUGCACUGGAGGCAAAAGCUGACAAGGAAAGAGCCAUUAAUUAACACAAUUUCAAAGUCAACUGAUUGUGAUCAUUAAUGUCACAAUAGAUCAAAACCUAAUUAUCACAGCCUAACUAAGAGCCAUCAGUAUUAAUCGGAAAAUCUAAUAGGAAACUAUUAUCAAGAAAUUAGGCCAAAUUGAAUGCAGUGAACUUUUUAUCUUGUCAUUGUCUCUCUCUUUUUUCUUUUCUUUUUUUUUUGUGAUGUCUCAUGGCAUUGGCAGGUGUGACCCUAACAGUUGAUCUAAGGCCAAGUGGCCAGUUUAUUAACGUUUUUUUUAAGGAAUUUUUUUUAGGAAUUCUAAAUAGACUGUACCUGAACUGUCAUUGCUGAAAAAUCAGUUUUUGGAACAUUCUCAUCACCUGUACUUGUCUGGUUUGAUCAGCAAUCAGUGAAAAAAAGUUUAUAUUUAAGUCUUAGAAUGGUUCCUGGAACUAGAAUAUCCCUUGUGAACAUUUUACUGUGUGUGUUGAUAAAUCACUCUUGAAUUUCUGUUGUAUAUAGGGGUCCUACUACACUGGAUACUGUGAGAGGGAGGGGGUAUGGAAGAAAGGAGAUUUCUGCCUAGAAAUUCUUUGAGAACACCUGAAAAGAUAGAGUUUAAUUGUAUCACAGCAAUUAGGCCCAAGUCAGUGUUUUGUAGUUUCUAGUACUAUUAGUGUUUGAUUCUAAACCAGGGCUGGCUGUGGGUUUGCUAUCCACCUCAUGUCUUUCCCACCUCUGCUCCCCUCCCCCAAUUUUAGAAUAAAAGACAUAAUGACUUCUAUCAGAAUCCAGAGUAAAUCCAAAGGGGGAAAAAGACAUCAACUUUUUUCUUUUACCAUUCUUUACUAAAGAGUUAUGUCUCCUGCAGGAGGAAAGAAAAUUACAAGAGUCUAUAAUGACUAGUUAUAAAGAAUAUUUCAUCUCCUCUCCCUGAAUAGAAAAGCAGGGGUCAACAUUAUAUUUUUAGUCUUGAGCUGUUUAUAAAGAUGCUGCAACUCUUUGAGUUGAGGCAGAAAAGUUGGAAAGAUAGUAUUGUGAGGAGGGACACGAAGCAGCAGAAAGGUGUUUGGUGAUGCUAGGAUUUCUACCCUUACCAGCCUUGCAGCUCUACAAAAGCACUACCAAGACCACCACUGGGGAGAUGGUUCUCAUUGUUCCUGCUUGACUAUGGUCUUUUUGGAUUUUAGGAAUUUGGGUUACUCAAUACAAAACUUUGGGAAACCAGUGUGACUUUGUCCUUCACCUCUUGGGAUAAAGUAAAUAUUUCUUUACAAAAGAAUUCAUGUCCUUAAUGUUUAAAAUGUAAUUUUAUUUUCAAAAUAUCCAUUAACACAUGACUUCCAGUAGCAGUUUGUUUCUCUAAGAUUCCUCUCAUUAUACUAGAUAAAUAAUAGGCCCUCACUUAAUACUUGUGAGUUGAUUGAGUUCAUUUAGUUUGCAGAGUGAAGUGUACCUGUCAACUUCCUUUUGCUCCCAAGUGCAUUCUGAGAAGUAAAAUGCUCUAGGAAGUGAAACAAGGACUAAAUGGAUGCUGACUAUGUGUGCCAACCUUCUCAACUGAUUGAUAAUGGCUGACCUUGGGCAAGUCACUCCUUUCAAUGCCUCAGUUCCCCAUCUGUCAAAUGGGGGUAAUAAUACUGACCUACCUCACAGGGGUGUUGUGAGGCAUUGUAAAUCAAAGUGGAUAGAAUACUUCAGGGUCCUCUGUGGAGGAUUCCUUGAGCCGAAGUUUAAGCCUGACACAGGCUUUAGUCCUCGCUGAGCUGUCUCCAAGAUUGGAACUACUUAGUGAUCUCGGCAAAUUCUCUGCCCCCCACCCCUCAUCAAAGCUGCUAGUUCAGAUGUUGACAGUGUUUUCGUGAAUGUUGGAAUCUUACUAGUCCAGACUUACUUAGGACGUUAUGGGGGAAGGCACGUAGUAUUUUCUAUGUUUUGCAUUCACAAAGAGAGGCUAUUUCAGACCCAAGAGCAUUGGAUUAGGGAAUCAUGAGGCAAGAAUGCUACUACUUGUUCCUCUCUGUAGGUUGGGAAUUAAGGUCCUAUUCCCCAUGGGUUUGGAGCAGACUCAAAACUGUCUCAGGAGCAAAGCAACCCUCAGUGGUUUUUGAUUUAUGUCGUUUCUUAUCACUCCCCAGCCUGAUCCCCAGACAGCUGGGUCACUGCACCCCUUUGUGGUAUCUAUACUCCACUUCCUCAUAGGGACCAGCUGGUUCAAUAAAUGUGACCACCUCCUCAUCCCCCACCGAAAAAGAGCUACAUUGGAAUUUUUUUUUCUAGAAAUAUGUGUAACACUCAGAAUUGGGCAUCCUUAAAGCUUCAUCCAAUUUACUGUAUUUAGCAUCUGUCAUCUCCCUCAGUGUCCACAGUCUGAACUUAACCUUGACUCUUUCCCCCUCUGGUUUGAGAAAACUUUGGACACUUUGCCCAGGUAUGCACUUGAGGGCCUUACUCUUUCCAUAUCAAUUUAGGGGCUCAACAAGCUCCUUUUCCCAAUAGGGCUCUUUCUCCUUUCCCUCUCCUUGGCCCUAGAUUUGUAAUCCAUGAAAAAGCACAAGGUCCUGGCCCCUAGCAGUCACAUUCUGGUUCUCUGUGUUUUGUGGACUCUGCUCCCACUGUUCACCCAGCACUGGCGGUACCAGACAGUUCUGUGGAAUCCUGGAGGAUGGAGCGAGCACAGUCCGACAUACUGCCAAGUAGCCAGGAGUUGACUCACCCGUGGCCCGCUGGCUUUCCCACUGUUUCCUGCAGGAUGGGAUCUAAGAGACUCAAGAGGCUGGGUUUCUUUCAGCACUCUCUAUCCUGCGCAGCAACACAAAUCAUACUUUGUAGCCAGAUUUCUGAAUGGAAAUGAAAAAUUGAAUUCUCUUAGACUUUUAGGUUUGUGGGGGAGUUUUGGUUGUGUUUCUUGGUUUUAUUUCAACCAAACAUGUCUGCUUUUUUUUAAAGGAUAAGUGAUCUAUAUAUAUGUUCACCUUUUAAAUGUAAAUGUUUAAAAGUAGGCAUUUAUGUGUUUCCAUAACUGACAUCUGAUGCAGACCUCAUUCUCUCCCCCUCUUCCACCCUCCUCUUUUCCCCUUUUCAUAAUCUUGUAUUGGUUCUAAUAAAUGGUUGCUUUUCAAAUA